UUUUGAGAGUUUCUACUUCCGGUUUUUCCUUCCUUUCUUCCUGUCAGCGCUGCGUGGCUUAGCAGCGUUAGCUUGUGGGGAACACACCUAGCUUUUCUUCUGCUCUGUUCCUGAAUUUAUGACAGAAACCGUUAACAUGUCGUACCACGACGAAGAAGAAUAUGAUCCAUACGCCUACACCAACGACUACGAUCUACACACUGGUGACCCCAAAGCAGACCUGGCCUAUGAGAGGCAGUAUGAGCAGCAGACGUACCAUGUCAUUCCAGAAGUCAUCAAAAACUUCCUCCAAUAUUUUCACAAAACCAUCUCUGAUUUGAUCGAUCAGAAGGUUUACGAGCUGCAGUCCAACCGUGUGUCCAGUGAGAGCAUCGAGCAGAAGAUCUAUGAGAUCCAGGACGUCUAUGAGAACAGCUGGAAUAAACUCACAGAUCGUUUCUUCAAGACGUCUCCGUGGCCGGAGGCUGAAGGCAUCGCUUCUCUGGUUGGAAAUGACGCUGUGUUCCUCAUUCUCUAUAAGGAGCUAUAUUACAGACACAUCUAUGCUAAAGUCAGCGGGGGCCCAACUUUGGAGCAGAGGUUUGAGUCGUACUACAACUAUUGCAACCUCUUCAACUACAUCCUCAAUGCAGAUGGCCCCGCCCCCUUAGAGUUGCCAAACCAAUGGCUUUGGGACAUCAUCGAUGAGUUUAUCUACCAGUUCCAGUCUUUCAGUCAGUACCGAUGCAAAACGGCUAAAAAGUCAGAGGAGGAGAUCGAGUUCCUGAGGAACAAUCCAAAAAUCUGGAAUGUCCACAGCGUUCUCAACGUUCUCCACUCCCUGGUGGACAAGAGCAACAUUAACCGCCAACUUGAGGUCUACACCAGUGGAGGAGACCCAGAGAGCGUUGCUGGAGAAUACGGACGUCAUUCUCUCUACAAGAUGCUGGGUUACUUCAGUCUGGUCGGCCUUCUGAGGCUUCAUUCUCUGCUCGGGGAUUAUUACCAGGCGAUUAAAGUUCUGGAGAACAUUGAGCUCAACAAGAAGAGCAUGUAUUCUCGUGUGCCUGAGUGUCAGAUCACCACGUACUACUAUGUGGGUUUUGCCUAUCUGAUGAUGCGCCGCUACCAGGACGCAAUUCGAGUCUUUGCCAACAUCCUGCUCUACAUUCAGAGGACAAGAAACAUGUUCCAGAGAUCCACCUAUAAAUAUGAAAUGAUCAAUAAACAAAACGAGCAGAUGCACGGUUUGCUGGCUAUCGCCCUCACCAUGUACCCGAUGCGCAUCGACGAGAGCAUCCACACCCAGCUCAGGGAGAAGUAUGGAGACAAGAUGCUCCGCAUGCAGAAAGGAGAUCUGCAGGUGUUCGAGGAACUCUUCAGCUUUGCUUGUCCCAAGUUCUUGUCGCCCGUGGUACCAAACUACGACAACGUUCACUCCAACUACCACAAAGAACCCUUUCAACAGCAGCUGAAGGUCUUUGCCGAGGAGGUGCAGCAGCAGGCUCAGCUUUCCACCAUUCGCAGCUUCCUGAAGCUCUACACCACCAUGCCUGUGGCCAAACUGGCAGGCUUCCUGGACAUGACGGAGCAGGAGUUCCGUAUCCAGCUGCUGGUCUUCAAACACAAGAUGAAGAACCUGGUUUGGACCAGCGGCAUCUCUGCCCUGGACGGAGAGUUCCAGUCUGCUUCUGAGGUGGACUUCUACAUUGACAAGGACAUGAUCCACAUAGCAGACACUAAAGUGGCUCGUCGCUAUGGAGACUUCUUCAUCCGACAGAUCCACAAGUUUGAGGAGCUAAACAGGACGCUGAAGAAGAUGGCGGCCAGCGGCACCGCUGCGUCCUCCAGCAGCGCUACAAGCCGAUGAAUCCCACCAGAAGCAGAGCUCCCAGUUCUCCACAGUCUUCUAGUGUUUUGACAUCUAACAGCAACAUUUUCUAUGAAACCUGGUAAUAAUAAAGCAUUUGAGUGAUCUGCAA